AUGAGUGAUCGCCACGACGAAUUCUUGGCCAUCAGCAAAACAUCCGCAAAAUCAUUCAAGUUUUCAUUCAAGGCCUCUUCUCUAUGGAAGAGGACUACACCACAAGAGGACGAAAAGACAUGUAAACCGAAGCCCAACCACACCGAUACCACCCCCGAAGAAACCCCGAGAAUCAAAGACCCAGAACUGAGGCGGGAGGCCUAUCCCCAAGGCCAAUCACACCUUUUCCGCAGGCUACCGCCCGAGAUCCGUGAGCAGAUAUAUAAGGAGUUUUGGGUCGCGUGCGGCGUCGAACGGCACGCGUUUCUUGAGGAUGGGUACAUGCGGUAUUCGCCGUGUGUGACGGAUCACGAGGCGCCGGAUGAGAGGCAGCUGGGCCUCGGGAGAGACUUUAAGAAGGCCCCGCAGGUACAAUGGCACCCGGAGUGGUUCCUGAGGAUGCAGUCGCCGUGGUGUAAUCACUGGAGAUGUGAAGAGUUGUGGGAGGAUAUUAAGGAAGGGAGGAAGGUCGAUCUAAACGAAGGCCAGAACCAAGCUUACAUGUCGCUUUUGGUAUCUUGCAAGAGGGUAUACGACGAAAGCAUAGACUCCUUCCGCGAAUCCCGCAUCCUGAACAUCACAAACGGCCACACCCUCCAGCGCCUCCUCAAAUACCCGCGGCCCCGCUACGUCUCCUCCGCCCGCACGAUCAACAUCUCCCUGCGCGAGGACAGCGGCAACUGGCUGUACCUCAACGGCGGCAGCAUAUGGCACACGCUCGCAGCCAAGGAGACCAAGGCCACCAAAGUCUACGUCUGGCUCGACGCCGAGUGCCCGCUCACGCGGCGGCUGCUGACCGAGUUCCGCGAGCUGUACACGGGCGUCCCGGCGGAGAUCGCGCCGAAGCUGACGAUCGACUUCCCGUGCGACGCGGAGGACGGGUUCUGGGCGUGGGGCGAGGUCGAUGUGCAGGAGCAGAAUGCUAUGUUCCACUUCGCUCUCGCAAACGGCAACUCACAGUGCUAUCCCACAUGGCCUUGGCGCCCAGAUGGCUCCAAGAGGCCUGCUGCCCCAAUCCAAAACUGGCCUACAAUCCGCGACUGCAAGAAGCCCGAUAAUGACCAAGGCUUCAAGAACUCUUGGGGUGUACAGAUGCCUGUGUACUUCACUGUGCGCCAGUGUGACAAUCGUAGUGGUCGCGGUGAUGGGGCCAAGGAGUUGCGAGUCACUUACGGCUUGUUCUACGAGAAGGAUGGCUUCAACAGCAACGGACAUCCCUAUGACUGGGAGAAUGUGGUCAUCACCUGGCGACAGUUCGGAGACAGUUACUACAAGGACGAGAUCUGGCUUUCGGCUCACAAGGGGGGCAGAAGAAUCACCGGCUGGGAAAACAUUCCCCAGACCGUCGACUCGGCCAACUGGUUUGAAGCCAACGGGAAGAGUCAUAACCACCCCAAAGUAUACGUCGGUUGGUGCAAGCACGCCAUGUUUUUCGACAAGGGCGGCCUCAAGGACGUGCUCUCGUGCCUGACCGAUAACGAAUACCGGACUGACGACUGGUACUACGUCGCCAGAACUAAGAGCGAUCUUCUGAAUGCUAGCCUGGGCACAGACCAUUGGACCAAGUUUGAUAACGAGAAUUGGGGCGAUGCAUGGAGCAAGCCUUCCAAUGAGUACUGGGCGGCUUGCGACAGAGCUUGA